AAUUGGAGGAGAGUAAUAGAGUCAUAAAAUAUAAUAUUUAUAUCUAUUAAACUCUUGAUUUUAUAUCGAUAUUUAAUGGUUUAAUGGUAUAUUAAGUAAUUUUCUUCCCGAGACACGUACUACUACUAUUUUAUUUAUUUGUGUGUAGGAAAGAAAGUAUUGGUACAAAUUGCAUUUUACGACACUUUCAGUUAAGAGAAGCAAAUUGCAAGUGGUACUCUCAAGUAUUUCAAGCCCAAAAUUAUUUUACUGGGUAAACAUUUAUAGUUGGGCUUAGAAUAUAACAAUAUGUCAAAGAGCUCAAAACUCUUCUUGGCUCACUAUUAUUGCCUUUAACACACAAAACAAACCACCUGAAGCGAAAUUUCUGGGAUUGAAAUGUCAAGCAAGAGAUAAAGAUGAAAGGGGAUAAAAAUUGAAGCGAGAAACUCGAAUUAGCUAGAGAUGAGCUACACCGAAAACAGGGGGGAGGCCGAAUUGCAGGUGAUAAGAGACAACCUUCUGGGCAGCAGUGAAGAACAGAGAACGAGGCUUGGUUGGGGUUGUGUUCUGAGCUCGCGAAGCUACUGCAAAGUAGCAAAGCAGCGACGGUGAAGUAAAGUGGAGGACGGAGAAGUCGAGGCGACUUAGCGGUGCUCUGUAAUCCUUCAUUUUCUACGGGAAUUCAGAGCUAAAAGGACUCGUGCUCAUAUACUGGAGCAAGCUCGUCAUAUUCCGUUACCUCACAGUGAAAGUUCAUCUUCGGACGAGGAGGGUGAAUGUAAUUUUUAAGAUGGGUGAUCAAACACUAAAGCAGCUUGCAGCUCCAACGUUUGAUCCAAAUUUAUUGUGCAUAGUAGUUGAUGAGGCAGAAAUUGAGAUCAAGCCUGGGUUGAUUAGAGCUCUUCCCACAUUUUCAGGUUUCCGUAAUACUAACUCCUUGGGUUCAGUUCACAUGAAUGAGGCUAUAAGAUUUUUGAAGGAAUUUCACAUAGCAUGUGCGGGGAUGAAACCAGCUGGUGUAACCCUCGACAAACUCAAGUUAAAGGCAUUUCCUUUUGCCUUGUCUGAUGCUGCCAAGGAGUGGUUAUUUGAAGUACCUACUGGAACCAUCACAACAUGGGAUCAAAUGCUAAAAGUAUUCGUAGAAAGAUAUUUUCCAGCAUCUUUGAUAGCCAAUACCAGGAAAGAAAUAUGUGGAAUUCGACAAGACGAUGCAGAGACACUUCAUGAGUACUGGGAGCGUUUCAAGAAACUAUGUGAUAGUUGUCCAAACCAUCAAAUCAGUGAGCAAUUAUUAAUACAGUACUUUUACGAGGGACUCAGGGAGACAGACAGGAAUCUAGUUGAUGCAGCUAGUGGUGGAGCACUGGUUGACAAAACACCCGCAGAGGCAAAGAAAGUGAUUGCAAACAUGGUUGCAAACUCUCAGUAUCGAGGAGGUCGAAAUAUCAAGUCCACUUCUGUACGUCAAGUUAAUGAAGUGGUGAGUUCUAACCUUGAGCAACAAGUAGCUAAACUCACUUCCUUAGUGGAGCGAGUAAUGAUCGAAAAAGGGCAAUAAAAAGUAUGUGGCCUUUGUUCAAUGGUAGGACACCCAACUGAUAUGUGUCCUACUCUGCAAGAAGAAGAAGCGAAUUCAAUUGGUGGUGGUCAGGGGCAGCAAAGACGUUAUGAUCCAUUCUCUCAUACUUAUAAUCCGGGGUGGAGAGAUCAUCCAAACCUGAGAUAUGGUAAUGCUCAGCAGUAGGCAGGCAACUCUAACCGCAGACCACUAGCUUUCCAACAACAACAAGCUUCUAAUCCUCCACCUGGGUUUCAUCAGCAACCACAAUAUCAGCCGCGACCUCAAUAUCAGCAAGUUUCCCAGCCAUAAUCUGAUAGCAUGUCUCUGGAAGAUAUUGCGAAGGCAAUGGCUGACAACACUUUGCAUUUCCAGCAAGAGACAAGAAGUGGUUUAAAGAAUUUGGAGAACCGAGUUUCUCAGUUAGC